AUGCUGCACCUAAAGAAAUACUUCACUGAGGGCCUCAUCCAGAUGGCCAUUCUGCUCAGCCUGUGCGGAGUGAGGGUUGACGUGGGACUGGAUUCCUACCUGCCUCCAUCCUUGCACGAGAUGAUCCUGGGUCCGACCUCGGCACUGACCCAGACGCAGUUCCACAACCUCCGCAAUCGCCUGGAGGAUGGCCACGGCCUGCACCCAAAGAGUGUGGACCUCGAUGGUUUCUUCACAACACGAAGACUGCUGGGCUGGGUCCACUCUCUGGACAGACUACAGGUUCCUCAGGCAGAGCUGGAGACAUGGCUGGUACAGCGAGAGCCAGAUCCUCUGCCAGUGGAGAGAGCUCCUGCUGUAGUAGAGAGAGACCGAACUGCCCCGCCUGUAGAGAACACAGUUGGACUUGGUAUUCUUGAAGAAGAAGAAGAUAAUGAUGAUAAAGAGGAAGGAACAUAUGAUGUAUUUAAUCAUGGUGCUGCUAUGGAUGAUGAAGAGGAGGAGGAGGAGGAAGAAGACCUGGCCUGGAUGCACAGGCGUCACUCGAGGGCCGAGGGUGGAGGAAGACCACAAAGAUCUGACCAUCGUGGUAACAACAGAGAGCUGAAUCAGAAUGAAGGAGACCAGACCACCUCCUCCCUCCAAGAGUGUUUGAGGCUAUUGGAAGAAACGUUUCCCUUCUUAGAGGAACAACAGUUAUGUGAUGUUGGUGGUAGAAGGAGAGACCUAGAGAAUCAGCUUGCAGGCAGGGAUCCCCAACUGUCCUCCAUCAUCCCUGAUGAUAACCCUUCCUCAGACUUGGAGCUCCACUGGCAGGACCUUUUGGAUAUCAUGGAGCCUGAGAACACACAUGUUGACAUGAUGACAUCAUUUGACCAUGGCCUGGAUUCAAGACCAUCUAGGAUCUUUAACGGUGUUAGGUCUGAAGCUCUGCAACGAAACUCUAACAACCAUGACAACCGCUUAACAGAGACUGAUCAGGACGUCCCACUGAUUGAGGGUCCCUUACAGCAUGGUUUGUUGGGGUCUCCGGGCCAAUCAGAGCUAGAACCAGCCCUGCUUCCCCUCACCCCCAGUGCAGAUCUGGAUGACCAUGGUUCAGGCUUGAACACAAGGGACACUUUGAAAAACUCUCAUGUAAAUCCCACACCCAGUCUUCCAGACCACAUGAGCCUGCUUGCAGAAAAUCCGUCAGAAGACUUCAGUAUGGGACUAAAUGAAGAAAAUAGUUUGAGCACCUUGAACGUGAAUCUGCUAACAGAAGAUCCUGUGGAUAACAUGGGAAGCAGCCUGUGUUCACAUGACUUAACACCCUCCAGCACCACCCAAGACUUUUCGAAAUCUCCUCCUGGCGUCUUUCUGGUUGACAAGGAUGAAGAUGUUAACGAUGAAGAUGGUCUCCCUAGCCCACUUGGUGCCCUCUUAGACGAUGCCUCCAUUCUGGAUGAGAUCAGAUUGUUGGACCUGGCUCUGGAGGAAGGAUUCAGCCCUGAGAUGGCGGUCAAGCUGGAGGAGGAGGGCUACCUUGACCGUGAAGUAACCCAACAUGAACCUGGCCAAUUCAACCACAAUAUCACCAGUAAGGAGGAGAGAGAAGAUAACCACUCUGGCUCUGGCAUGGCAGUGACAGGAGAACAGGGUCAACCAAGGAGACAUCAGCAAGAUGGUGAGGAUGAGGCAGACUCGGACUCUGGUCUCUCUCUGGACUUCAGCCACAGCCCUGCUUCUCCAUGCACUUCUGAUGCUUCCUCGUAUUCCUCUUCCUCCUCUUCCUCAAUCUCCUCUUCAUCUUGUGUGUCGGCCGUGGGAAGUCCCUUCUCUGAAGACGAGGACGAAGAUGCUGAGGACAUGUUAAUUGAUUCAGAUAUGGAAGUGGAGCUUACCAUAAAGCAGGAGGAGCAGGAAGAGGAGGAAAUGGGGGCAGUCGGGGGACAAGUGAACAAACUUCUCUCUCCUAACUAUGGGGAUCACAAGCUGUUCAAUGCCUUUCCGUGGCUGGGGGAUAUCGACCAUGAUCACACAUACAACCAGCACUUGCCCUCCGCCUCCUCUGUACCGCUGGGCAAGAUGACCACCAAACACACCAAAUCCUCCCCACGACAUGACAACGACAAGCCUUACCACCGCUCGUCUUCUAGACACAUCACCGAAAGCAAAAUGUGGAGCCGGGAUGAAUGGCGUGCCAAAGCCCUGAAGAUCCCCUUCUCCAAUGAGCUGAUUGUUGAUCUGCCAGUGGAGGAGUUCAAUGAGCUACUGGCCAAUUACCAACUUAACGAGGAGCAGCUUACCCUGGUCAGGGACAUACGACGCCGUGGAAAGAACAAGAUAGCGGCUCAGAACUGCAGACAGAGGAAACUGGGCUUGCUGGUUGGACUGGAGGAGAAUGUGUCAGGGUUGAGGCGCCACCGUUCGCGGCUGCUCCGAGAGAAACAGGAGGCCCUGAGAAAUCUGCAGGAGAUGAAGCGCAGACUGAACACGUUGUACCAGGAAGUCUUUUCCAGGCUGAGGGACGAAGAAGGGAGGCUACUGAACAAUACAGAGCACAUGCUUAAUUUUGGAUCGAAUGGUAGUGUCACAGUGGCUCCACGGCAACAAGGGGCAGGGCUACCACUGACAGGUGAAAAAAGCAGGAAGAAACAGAGGGACAAGAAAAAGUGAGGAUGACAUACCAAGAACAUUCACACAAAAAUGCUUUAGACAUUUGGAAAUAUAAGGAGCUAUUAUUCCUUCCAAGGUGUGUGAUCAAAACCACAAAAAAGCAGGUAACACUGAUGAGGUGUUGAAUGACAGAACACACGAAUUGUGCAUCUGGUAUCAACAGCAGGUGCAGACUCUCCAAAGAACUACGAAAUCUUUAAACUAAACAGAUUUUGUGGACAGGGAUGUUUUUAUUUAACACUUGAAAGAAGAACGGAUGCAUGGAGGGAUGACUGGACAGAGGAAAUCAAGACAGAAGAAAGAGGAGUUCUUUGAGGGAAGAUAUGAUUAUCAUAAUGUUGAUAAGAAAUCUUAUGACGCUCUCCUUUCUUCAUAGUAAGCAUUUUCAGCACUG